AUGGCCACCCAGAGGGCAGGUCCCGAGGGAUGUGAAAGCCAGACGGCUGAGGAAGGAGAGAGCCGCAUCCCUCUGGGCAAGGAGGGGACGAAACGGGCUGCGCAGCUGGUGCAGAGGAAUCCGUUAUCUUCAAAGAAGAGAAGACACAGCUCCCGUGGGCGCACCCGGAAAUCUCAUCGCCAUCGUCACCGCCGCUGCCACUCUCGCUCAGAGAGCUCCGACUCCCACUCCCCCAGCUGCCGAAGAAGGCACAGAGCCAGGUCGCGGGAGGAAGGGCGUAAAACACGGCGAAGACGCUCCCGGCACCACUCAAAGAUCAUGGCAAAGCGAAGCUCCUCUGCAGAGGUUCAGGCCAGCCAAAAAGCCAGCCAAAGCCUCCCGCUCUACAGCUUCCUGUCUCCUAAGGAAGUAAUCUCUCAGUCAGGGUCUUCUGCUGACCUCUUUACCAAAACAGACAGCCCGCCUGGCAUCCUAGCCAGCCAGAAUGGAGAGUAUCAUGAAUAUGACUCAGGAAACGAUACUUCCUCCCCUCCCUCCACUCAAACGAGCUCAUCCAGGUCAAAGGACAGCCAGGAGAAAAGAAGUCUAGUCCAUGAUGGCUUUGGCCAUGCCUUCUCGUCCGGGAAGCCCAAACUGGCCAACAGCGAUAACAGCUCUGAUUCAGGAAAUUCCUUCACCAGUUGCUUUUCCCACACCAAGGGAACAGCUUUGGAAAAUCUGUCUCCAGAUGCCCAGGGACAAGACCGAAGAGGGUGCCUGUCCUUGUGCCUCGGCUGUUCGGAGGAGAAAAAGCGAAGCUUCCUCCCGUCCCCAACGCACAGCUCCCCGCUGAGGCCGUGUUCCCGCAGCGAGUCGUACACCAGCACGGACAGAUCCUCCCCAGGCUCCAGCCGUUCCAGCCGCUCCCGCUCCUCACGCCACAAGGCCUCCCCCAGGUACUCCCGAAGCAGGUCCUGCUCUUCAGGAAAGAGGUCUUCUUCACGUUCCCCCAGCUAUUCCUCCAAAUCCUGCAAAAGAAGUCCUGGGAGCAGGAGUUCAAGACUUCGUCGGAGCCCCAGUUACUCCCGCUACAGCCCUAGCAGGGACCGCGAGAGAGAGCACAAGUACAGCUCCAGCGAGAAGGAGGCACACAGGGAGCGUGACCGGCAGCGGCACCGACGGUCCUAUUCCCCCCUGAGGAAACGCAGGAGAGACUCUCCCAGCCACCUCGAAGCUCGGCGCAUCACGAGUGCCCGCAAACGCCCCAUCCCCUACUACCGUCCCAGUCCCUCCUCGUCCAGCAGCGCCAGCAGCUAUUCCUCCUGGUACAGCAGCUUUAGCCGCUCCCCGAGCCGGAGUCGGAGCUACUCCAGCUACCGGACGAGCCGGAGCCGAAGCCGGGGCAGCAGCCAGAGUUCGGGCACCAGGAGCGGCAGGAGCAGGAGCUCUGACUCAGGAGGCAGCUCCGACAGCCUGCGUCGCUAG